AUGUUCGGAAGCGCGGCCGCUCUGCUGUUAUUCCGGAGGGAGUCCCUUUUUUGCAGAAGGUGGACGGACGCGCUCCCGGGAAGCAGCCGCUGGGGUUGGGGAGCAGGAAUCGGGUCCCCAUCCUGCACAGCCCUGGUGGUGGGUGGGAAAAGGGCGGCCGGACGUGGUGUUGGCAUGGCCAGCCCCCGGCCCCCCAAAUACCUCCUCGUCUUCGAUUUCGACGAGACCAUCAUCAACGAGAACAGCGAUGGGGACCAGGGGGUCAAGAUGGGGGACUUCAAGACCGUCUACGAGAACAUCCCCUUGUCCCCCGGCAUGCCGGACCUCUUCCAGUUCCUCUCCAAGAACCACGAGCUCUUUGAGAUCAUCCUCAUCUCCGACGCCAACAUGUUCGGCAUCGAAUGCAGCCUGAGGGCGGCCGGUUUCUACUCCCUCUUCCGAAAGAUCUUCAGCAACCCGUCGGGUUUCGACAAGCGGGGGAAAAUCCUGACGGAAUACCUGGCGGAGAGAGCGCAGGAGGAGGUGGAGUUCCAGAGGCUCUUCUACGUGGGAGACGGUGCCAAUGACUUCUGCCCCUCCGCCACUUUGACGUCGGCGGAUGUGGCGUUCCCGGGGAGGCGGAAGGGUUACCCCAUGCACCGCCUCAUCCAGGAGAUGGAGAAGCAGCAGCCUGGAGCCUUCCGGGCCACCGUCGUCCCUUGGGAAUCGGCCGCAGAAGUCGCCCGUUAUCUCCAGGACGUCCUCAAGAAGAAGUGCUGA